AUGGAAACGAAAAGUCCUAAAUCACCUGAGGGUGUCGCAGUAUUUGAUCGCUUCACUAAGAAAGGAAUCAUUUACAUUGCUAUCAAAGGAUCAUUACAUGCAACAGAUUGUUCAGUUUUUGGCUUACAAGAAGAAGUAGUAAAGAAUCUUGCCAAAAAGUAUGAACCUGUUAUAAAUGGCUUUUCUAUAAGUGCUAAUGUUCUUAAUGCCAUAAACUCGUUAAGCCAGCUGGGAUACAAAAUCGUUUCUAGCACUGGGGAAUCAGAAAUCACCUGGACUAUGCAAAAAGAUAUUUAUUGCUAA